CCUCAAGGACGACAUCCGAUUGGUCGAGCGGUCGCAGUUCAAAACGUAGACCGCGGAAAGAGGAGCAGCGGCGGAGCUAACGUUCCAUGUUUUCAGUUUUAAACUCGGUCUGUGGGGGAUAAAAGACGGCCAGAAGAUGAUGGAGUCGUGUUUCAGCGGGAAGCCGGAGCGGGUCGGACCGGUGGAGGUGGACGACAUCAAGAGAGACCUGCUGGGAGAAUUUGCUGCUCUGCCUGCCCAGCAGGAGAACCUUCAGUCACAGACGGAGAACCUGCAGGUUUACCUCAGAGUCCGACCUUUUACUGCAGCGGAGAGCGACAACGGAGAGUCUCAGGACUGUGUGACCAUCGAGGGGCCCGACACCGUGGUCCUCAAGGCCCCCAGGACCUGUCAAUCAAACCGACAGGGCGACAAGUCCUUCCCACAGACUGCACAGAGGUUCAGCUUCACACAGGUGUUCGGUCCAGAGGCCAGUCAGAGGAAGGUGUUCGAUGGUUCUGUUCGGGGUUUGGUCCAAAACGUCCUGCAGGGAGGAAACUGUCUGGUGUUCACUUAUGGAGUCACCAAUGCUGGAAAGACCUUCACCUUCCUGGGUCCGGACCAUGACUCAGGUCUGCUGCCCAGGUCUCUGUCUGUGAUCUUCAACAGUAUUGAAGGUCGUCUGUACAGUCGUUGUGAUCUGAAGCCUCAACGCUGCCGAGACUUCAGCAGACUCACUGCAGACCAGCAGGCAGCAGAGAGCAGCAGCAAGAGGAACCUGCUGAGGCUGCUGAAAGAGAGCGACAAAAAUCUGACCUGUGGAAGAUCAGCCUUUCUGGAAGCCUCUCUUGGCAGUGACAGCAGUGUAAACAGUGCUUCUGAAGCCGAUAGCUUCUGUCUGGACGUCGACUCAAACAUCCGUUUCUCCGUCUGGGUUUCAUUCUGUGAGAUUUACAACGAGAACAUCCACGACCUGCUGGAACAGGUUCCCAGUGGACACCAGAGGAGGACAGUGCUGCGACUGUCUCAGGACAUCAAAGGAAACUCCUUCAUCAAAGACCUGCGAUGGGUCCAGGUGAGCAGCUCUGAGGAGGCCUACAGGGUGAUGAAGAUCGGGAAGAGGAACCAGAGCUUCUCGUCCACCAGACUGAACCAUCUGAGCAGCAGGAGCCACAGCAUCUUCUCCAUCAGGAUCCUCCGGGUGGACGACGUCGGGGUUCCCAGAGUCCUCGGCAUCAGCGAGCUGGCGCUGUGCGACCUGGCCGGCUCGGAGCGCUGCUCUCGGACCCACAACACCGGAGAGAGGCUGAAGGAGGCGGGGAACAUCAACAACUCGCUGCUGACACUGGGGAAGUGCAUCAGCGCCAUGAGGCUCAACCAGAAUGCCAAGUUCCAGCACCACAUUCCCUUCAGGGAGUCCAAACUCACCCACUUCCUGCAGUUCUUCUUCUGUGGUGCCGGUCAGGUCUCCAUGGUGGUCAACAUCAACCAGAACUCGUCCUGCUUCGACGAGACGCUGAACGUUCUCAAGUUCUCUGCCCUCGCUCAGAAGGUGGUGGUUCUGACCUCCAGACCUCCAGUCCUGGACGACACCUCCCACAGGGCGGCCAUGGAGCUCUCCAUGAUCAUCGACGAGGCCGACCAGCGCAGGAAGGGGUCGGGUCGUGCCAGGAAGAGCUCACUGGUCGCCUGGGAGACGACCCUGGAGGACGUGAUGGAAGACGGCGAGGAGUGGGAGGAGGAGGAGGAAGGGGAGGAGGAGGAGGAGGGGGAGAGUCUGAUGGAGGGGACGGUGCUGGAGGCAGGAGGGGAGGAAGAUUUAACCAUGGAGGAGGAGCAGAAGCAGGCAGGCAGGGAGGCGGCGCUGCGUCUGGUCCUGGAGGCUCAGAUCAGGGAGGAGGUCAGCGCUGAGUUCAUGGAGCUGUUCAGCAAGAUGGAGAAGGACUACAGCGAGCGUCUGGAGAAGGAGAGGGAGAUCCUGGAGGAACGAGCAGAUAAGAGGGUGGAGAUCCUGAAGAACCUCGUCAGCAAGACGGUAGACCUGUCGGCCAGCAAGACUGAGGGCAGCAAGGAAGAGCAGGUGGUUCUGUUGGAGGGAAUCAUCAGCUCAAUGACUGAAGACUUGGAGAAGAUCAGAGAGGAUGCUCAAACUGUCCACCGCUGUCUGACUGAACAGACACAAGCUGCAGAACUGGAGGCGCUGCGAUUGGAGAAGCAGCAGUCACAUGACCAACUUCAGGAGGCCAAAGAGAGUCUGGAGCAGCAGCGACUGAAGGUAUCAGAGCUGAUGGAGGUCUGUCAGCAGAAAGACGGCAUCAUCUCUGAACUGAAGGCCUCCGUGGACAGGAGGAGGCCAGGAGGAGAGGAGGAGAGCCGGAAACGCCAACGAGACUCUCUGGAGGAUGAGGAGGACCGAGGAGGACUGGCCAAGAAGAGAGUGGUUCUGGAGGAGGAGAUCUGGAGGCUGCAGGAGGACAACGACAAGAAGGAGGAGACCAUCAUCGAGCUGAGAGAGAGGGAGGAGAGGUGGAGGAGCCAAGAGGAGGAGCUGAGGAGACGGGAGGAGGGGGUGGAGAAGGAGAAGAUGAGGAUGAAGGAGGAGAAGACGAGGAUGGAGGAGGAGCUGAGGAGACGGGAGGAGGAGGUGGAGAAGGAGAAGAUGAGGAUGAAGGAGGAGAAGACGAGGAUGGAGGAGGAGCUGAGGAGACGGGAGGAGGAGGUGGAGAAGGAGAAGAUGAGGAUGGAGGAGGAGGUAAAGGAGGAGAAGACGAGGAUGGAGGAGGAGAAGACGAGGAUGGAGGAGGAGCUGAGGAGACGGGAGGAGGAGGUGGAGAAUGACAAGACAAGGAUGGAGGAGGAGGUGGAGAAUGAGAAGAAGAAGAUGGAGGAGGAGAUGGAGAAGGAGAAGACAAGGAUGGAGGAGAAGGCGGAGAAACUAAAAGAGGAGCUGGAGAAGGAGAGGAUGAAGCUGGAGGAGGAGCUGAGAAGACGAGAGGAGGAGGUGGAGGAGUUGAAGAAGGAGCAGGUUUUACUGGAGCAGAAGGUGCAGAAACUUGCAGAUCUGGAUGAGUGUCCGAACUGUGACUCGGUAUUUUCGUCUCUGGAGUCGGAGCAGAGGGAAACAUCCAGACUGCAGAAGGAGAACAAAGCUCUGGUUAACGGCAUCUUCCAGCUGCAGACAGAGGUGACCAGUCUGCAGACGCAGCUCAAACAGCAGACUGACAGGUCUGACAGCCUCUCAGAGGAGUUCAGCACCACUAAGACCCGCCUCCAGGACCUGGAGAGUCAAUCGGAGAAGAAGAGCAGCUCCAUCAACAGUCUGACGCAGGAGGUGGAGCGUCUGAGACAAGAAGUCAAGGAGGAGGAGGGGCGGAGCAGCAGCAGUGUUUUCCACGCCGCCAUGGAGGAGCUGAAGAAGGAGAGCCAGGCGGCGCUACAGAGGUCAGCUCAGAAAUCACAACAAAUAGAAGAGCUCCAGAAAGAGAAGAGACAGCUGGAGGAGACACUGAAGCUCAGUGAGAACAGGUGCGCUGAGCUCACCGAGGCAUUGACCAAUCAGACAGCAGAGUAUUCCCGUGUGAGGGCGGAGCUUCAGUCUGAGGGCGGAGCCCUGCGAGGCAGACUGGAGGAGAUGGAGAGAUGGGAGGAGGAGGCAGCAGAGCUGCAGCGAAUCGUCUCUGAGAAGGACAGACAUCUGGAGGACAGCCUGCGACAGGUGGAGACGCUGAGACGAGAGCUGCAGCGUCUGAAGGAGGAGCUGCUUAGGAGGCAGGAGGAGGAGAAGGAGAACCUGGUGGAGGACAAGAAGGUGUUGGUGGUGGAAGAGCUGAAGGAAGAGCUCCAGAGGCUGCAAGAGAGGAGGAGGAGGCAGCAGAGGGGUGAGGAGGAGCAGGAGGGGAGGCAGUUCCAGGCCGUGAAGAAGGAGGUGGAGAGACUGAAGAGACUGAAGGAGGAGACUCACCUGCAGGGAGAUGCACAGGUCAUCGGCGUUUCUCCUCUGAGGUCCAACAUGGCUGACAGGAAGCGAACCCCCAGGACGACGUGCAGGAAGAGGAAGAGCUGCGAGGUGGAGGAGCUGGUGUUCAGCGAGAAGAAGAGGAACCGACCAAGGGCAAAUACCCGCAGCACCAGACAGGAGAAGAGAGACGGAGCUCUGCAGAAGAUCGGAGACCUGAUCCAAAACUCACCCUCCAUCCUCAGCAGCAAAGCUAAAACCAUCAUCGGUCUGGUCAGCGGACACUCGGUGGAGCAGGACAUGGCUGUUUCCACGGCAACCAAACCCCGACGAGGACGCAGGAAGCUCUACAAGGCGGGAGUCCUAUCACCGCUGAUCGACUCUCCGCUCAUGAUGUCUGGAGCAGCAGAGGAGGAGAAGGAGAGCGAUCACCUCAUCAUUAAGAGACAGCUGCGCUCUAAGACCUGCAGGAAGUGACAUCAUCACCGUGCGAUGGCUGUCAGAGACUCUUUCAGCUCCAACCUGCUCAGAGUCUCCAGGUUCCAGAUGUCUGUACAGCUUUUUUUAUGUUCUCUACUUCUGUAGUUUGUGAUUUUUAAUGUUUCAAUAAACGUGACAGUUCAAAGCAA